UACUUGUUACACCGUGAAGCUGUCCACAGUGACCACAGGUGAUUGUCAAGAGGCGCAGCUGUCGAAAAUGACCUUUACGUUUUUACUGGUGAUGAGGUGGAGCUGUCAGCUGCUUGAGCACUGAUACAGUCCUGUCGAAAAGCACUACAAAUAGUGUUCACGCUUACUGCUGAUCCCAACAAUUGGCGAGAAGUUCAGCGUCACCCUCAGAGUGAGGAUUCAACCUCGACAAAACUGACAUCAGCGACAGCUAUGGAGUUGGGAAUGUUUGACACCCACCGUGAGGCGCGGUUCGAGUCUAUGAGGAAAGAGUGGCGCAGCGCGAGGGUACUGCGUCGACACGAGGACCUCCGCAAGCAGUGCGAACGGGAGGUGAGGGGUUACGACAACGCUAAGCGGGUACUGGAGGUCGAGUCCCGGCGGGCACAGCGGCGCUACCAGGAGCGUCUGAAGGACUUGCACCACCACUGCCCGUCCAGAAGCAUCCAGCAGGAUACGGGUGGUGUUCGCACCCUCGCUACACCCUCAGGGCCUGUUUCUUCCAGAGAAAUGAAGGGCAACACUUGCUGGUGUCAGGGCCCGCUGCCCGAGUCAUCAACAGCGGAGGAUCCACCAAAGGUGGCAGGCCACCGCUUCCUCUUCCGCGUGCUGAGGCGAAACGGGAAACUGGUGUACAUCCGAGACGAGAUGGAGGCCCUAGGAACGCACUCCUUCAAGAACUGUGGGGACAGCACGCGGCGGUUCGCGUUCCAGCACGAUCCAUGACAUCGCUUAGCGCAGCUUGCGAGGACUAUUUUAGCAAUUUUGGAAAACAAACUUUUUGAACCAAAGGGUUUACUUUCAGGAAAGUUUAAAAAAAAAAUUUCCACUUUACUUACAGAGUCAGUAUCGUACAAAAUUAUCUGAAAUCUUGAUCUUUGUAAUCUGAUGUUGAGAACACCUCUAUGGUGAGAUGUAUAAUUUUUUUAAAACCGAUUUCGACAAGCCUUGGUGGAAGUUUAUCCUAAUUCCAUACUAGACUCAGAUUUUUUUCUGUCUGUAUAAAUGUGAAAUAUUUAUACAAGCAUUAGGAACAGUUUGUAAUAUCUUAAGAUUAUGAGACUGAACAUGUAGUAAGCAGAAAUAUAAGUUGAAGAACAUUGAGGACAUAGUUACAAAAAUACAACCCCCUCACCACACAAAUACACUCGCAUGCAUG